AGCAGGAGAUGUAUGUAUUGUUUAGUAAAAAAUAUAGCCACCAGUCUGUUAGCUUAAUGUUGACAAACACAUUCACGAGGUCUUUUCAAAGAUUUAUUAAUAAUUUCUCAGCUACAACACUCGGCUACCUGUCUUGACAUUUUGCUCUCAUCAAACAUUUGUAGUGAAUGUUUUGUAGUCGAUCAAAGACCGGAGUUUAUGUUGGCUUCUACGCUAGAUUAUUUUUAGUACGGAGUCCCAGACAGAGAGGCGAGCUAGCUGGCUAAUUGCUCUUGAGCCAGCGGGGAGCCACAGGAGUCUGCGCGUGCGCGUAACAUGUAUGUUUAUAUUAGCAAGUAAAUAUAUGAGAGCAUCAGUUAGUCGAAAUGACGCGUGGUGUAAAGAGGACUGCCGCUCAAUUGAGUGAUUGUGAAGAAAAUAUAAAGAGUUUUAAAACCAUGAAGAAACAACAAGAACCAUUAUCAUUAUUAGAUUGCUGUGCUAAAGCAGUAGCUAGCAAAAUUUCGUUUCAAGAAAUAGAGGAGACAUUUACUCGUAUUCCCGAGCCGGUCCAGCUUCGAGUAAUAUACUGGUCAUUUCCUUGUGAUGAGCAAGAAAUUCGUAUGUAUUCUACCUCAGCUAUACAACAUCAGAAAAUGCCAUUUCAUCAAGGAAUGAAAUUACUCGAGAAACGCGCUGUCAAUAAUAUUCUACAAGUUGGUAAGUUUAUAAAGUUCUUUUAUUGUUAGUAUAACUUUUUAAAUUGCCAGGUUGAAUUUAUAAAGUUAGUUAAGAAUUAUUUCUCGGGUUUUGUAUUAUGCGCUAGGGAAACGUUCAAAGUUUUGAGUAAUUUCGUGUUAUUUUACAAUAUUUUUACAGCGAUGUUUGCAUAGAUAAAGGCAUGUCAUAUUUGUGAAUAUAAGUUUUUCCUCCCAACGGAGUGCUAGCGCCACAGUGUCUGCGGCUUUGUGCUCUAUGCUAAUGAGAUCCUCUGAGAUUCAAGUGCCUCCAACUAAACAUACACCUACAUAGCAUUAUUUUAAUCUGGUUUUGAGUUUUAAUAUAAAAUUUCGGCAGUUUCAAUAAUAUUUAGUUUGAGUUUCUUUUAGUUCAAAUAAAAUCCCGGUGUAUGUUGUGAAACCAGAGACAUCGUGAGUUUCAGGGGGGUUAUUUACUUAAACCUGUUUCCUCUAACUCGAGUACUACGAAACCGAGUGAGAUUUCUAGCUUUCUUCUAUUUCCUAAGAAGUAGAGUUGAAUUUCAAUUUUUCGUGAUAUUUUUGGUCAAUAUUGUGUCAGGUGUGCAAUUAUUUUACUUGGAGAUGAGAUAUGAAACAGUCAAAGCAAGCAUGAUAAUAUAAACAAUAUCACUAUGACGUUUUCAUCUCUGGAGGGGAGCUCGAGACACCGUGUCUCAGCCGCCAGCCUGGCGCCAGUCAGUCAUUUGCAUGCUUUAUUACUAUCUUUGCAGGAGCAACUACAUUGCGGUGCCGAGUUAUUAUCAAACUUCCCCAACCCGCCUUUGACAAGAUUUUUUAUUUCUUCGCUUUAUUUUACAGCCAAAACUCCCUAAAUACAAAAAGUAUUAAAAAAAUUACAACACGGUAAAACAAGUUGAUGAUUUUUAACAAAACUAGACGAUUAAAGUGUAUUGCCAUUUUGCAUUUACAAAUGAUCUCCUAGCCAGUAUAUUCAUAUAGUUGAGUUAAAAUACCCCCUUGGCUAUGUUAUUAAUCCAGUGUUGGUCUUUUUAAAUAACGUAUUUUUAAAUAAAGUAUUUUUAAACUCGUGAUGGUAGGCAAUGCCACAAUUAUAAAUGAACUAAUGUGAAAGUACGGAAAUUACUCAAAACUUCGAGCUAUGUUUUUAACUGCUCAGCCCUGUGAAUUUUUUAGUUUCGCUUCUCUUUGAUUUUGCGCGUUUAAUUCAAUAUAUUCUUAAGUAUGUCUUUUCCCUUUCAAUUUGAGGAUUAUCUAAUGCGUUUUUAUUGAAAACGUUUAAGCCAUUUUAGCAAUUUAUGAAGCAGUUAGAGCCAUGGCUUUGUACUCAAGGAAAAUAAAAAACACUGCUACCUACGGUAGCCACGACUCAUUUACUCUUUAAUCACUGCUGCUUGCUUCGUGAGAAGAUUAAAAAUUUCUAUACAUUUCUAAACUAAUGAUUUCGUUUCGAGUUUCAUCUUUGUGUUUUAGUUGUUGCAUGAAAAGUUCAAUGUCGAGUUUCAUCUUUGUGUUUUAGUUGUUGCAUGAAAAGUUCAAUGUCUAAUGAAAUGGUUCUGUUUAGGUUUUCAUCUUAGUGGCUGUGUUCAAGAUGAAGGCGAGAAUUUCAAAGUUUCUGUGAAUUUUGAUCGAUGUAAAAUAACUUGUGUGUCGUGCAGUUGUGGAAGCAAGGACAUUUUAUGGUGUUCUCAUGUGGUAGCUCUGUCUCUUUAUCGGAUCCGUUAUCCCAAUGCAGUGACCCUCAGAGUACCAAUAUCAGAAACAUUGCUCAAAAUGAACCGAAAUCAACUUCAAAAACUUGUUCAAUACUUGAUCACGGCUCACCAUACUGAAGUGCUACCUACGGCACAACGCUUGGCUGACGAGAUCUUGCAUGCAAAGUCAGAAAUCAAUCUUCUCCAAGGAGCACCUGAUCCUACCGCUGGAGGGGCCGUUGAAGACGACAAUAGAUGGCAUUUGGACGCUGAACAAGUACAAGAACAAGUCAAAGCUUAUCUGUCUCAAGGAACCUGCACAAAUAAUGGAAAACAACUACAUAGCAUGUUUGCUAAGGUAUAGAUCUCAUUAGGAUAUAAAAUGUUCCAAUUAAAUAGUUCUUUUCCAAUCUUUCAAAGUAGCAAUUUUCAGUAUUUUGAAAAGGAUUUUACGUAAAAAAGUAAAGAGCUUUUUGUGUGCUAAAGCCUGUUGUUUUCUAAAACGAGAAUAAAGUACUAUCCAAAAUAAAUUGCUAAAAGUGCGAACAGAAGACGACCUAUUAAAAAUUAGAACAAUUCUAGAAAGUGAGAAUCUCAAACACAGUGUUGUGCUGACACAAAUAGUGUCAAAACUUAUAUUUCAAAUGUUUUUUUGCGAAAAGACACUUUCCUCUGACUGAAAAGACGAAGCAAUAAAAGAUACCGCUAUAUAAAAACAAACUCAAGCUGUUACCACCUUUUUGUGUCUCUUAUUCUAAACAAUUAUUUUAAACAUUUUAAGUCUAAUUAAUUAAAUAAAGUUCCUCGUUUUUAAACUGUAUAUUUAUCAUCUUGACUAAACCUUGAUAUUUUUCAUUCUUAGGUGCGAGAAUUAUUGCGUGUUCAGGAUUGUAAUGGUCCUAGAAUGUUGACUUUGAUCACUGAGCAAUUUCUGGCUGAUCCAAGACUUCAGCAAAAUGUCGCGAUGACUGACAAAUGUCGCCAACUCUGGGGUCAUCUUGGCGCGCUCUGGAUGUGUAUUGCGUUGAAUCCAAACUGUGAAUCUCACGAGAAACAAUCCUUGAAGGAACAACUACAACAGUGGAGUGAUCUCGAAGUUUGCCCUAUUGAAGAUGAAGCUUGUGAAAAUUCUGGAAAACAAACCGUGUUCUCGCGUGCAAUAUCUGCUUGUGAUCUCGACUGGAAUAGUAAAGUGCUUCAGAGAAUAUUGAAAUCUGAUGGUCAACAUUUAGUUUGGUUCGGUAAGCAUCAAAUUCCCUUUCCAUCUUUAUUUCUUUAUAAUUUUUAAUUUUGGAUUGUGUCUGGGCAGCGUUCCUGCUUUCCAAAAACUUAGUCAAUUAAUUAUUAAAGGCAGAAUUUACACUUGAUAUGGUUUUCGUGAUCGCAGUCUCAAAUUGUAGAUGAAAAAUAUUAAAAGCGAUUCAGAUAUUGUAUAGCCAUUUUUUAAAUUUUGCGGUUUGACUGAAUAUUCACGAAUAUAACCCAAGGUAAAAAUUUGGCUUUUUGCCUUUAAAAAAACGCGUCUUUUCCGCUUGUGCGUUUUUGCUAAAUGUAUUGUUAUGGCGACCAAGAUUAUCCCAAAAUAUUAAAUUACUGAUUGAAUACUAUUGAAUUCGAAUGGAUCCAUGACUAUGUGUAUUCAACUGUAUUUAACGGUACCUAAUUGUUUUUCUCAAUCUUUCAGAGGAUCUCUGUAUAUCAGCAGCAAGAAUUGAUGCAUUAAAAACUCACGGUUUCCAAACAGAGGCUCUACGUUUGGCUGUGGCUGUCGCGAAUGGAAUGAAGCAAAAACAAGAUGAAACAUUACGUAAAAUACGCGAAGAAGAUUUUACAACGUCCGUCGCUACUUCGGGCUGGAUUGGAAAUGUUCUCGAACCUAUUCCGACACUAUACGAUACCUUGACGGAAGCUACCGACGAAGAUACGACAGAUAAACCUUACAUAAACUUAGCUUUACAUGUUGCACUAAUCGGGCUGAGUCAACAUCGCCGUAUGCCCAAGUCAUCUUUUGGUCAACAGAAAUCAAGUAACGAGGAAGAACAACUCAUUGCGCAGUUAACCAUGUUGAAACUAGACAAUAAUUUAUUGAACAUUAUACAUGAACAAGCGUGUAAAAUCCUAGAAAUGAAAUCGUCUGACGGUAGUGGUCUAUGUGUAGAUAAGAACAGUGUACCACUUCAAACAUUCGCGCGGUAUUUAUUUAACGUUUUGAUCCACGAGGACAGAGAACUUGCAUUCCAGAUUGGAAUGAGUGCAUUACAAAGUGACCUCGUGAGAAAUGAGCGUCCAAGCGAGACAAAAUGGCAUACAUUUGCACAUUUGGAAGCACAACAAUGUGAACUGGCUGCUUGUAUGAUUAAAUCAUGCAAGGAUGACAAAGAUAAACUACAAAGUCUGUUAGUUCUGAUCAAGAAACACAUUCACAAUGCAUCUUAUUUAUUCCGUCUGGCUCAAGAUACUUUAAAACUGAAAUGUGAUGAAGAUCGUGAUAUCUGUGAAAGCGCCUUAGAUCUUGGUUUACAUAUUUUGACCUCAACACUCAACAAAACAAACUGUAAACGCCGGGAUAUUAUCCAAUGGUUAUUAGCGUGUUCCUUACAGUUAGAUAAGUCUGUCCUUGUCACCAUCCUUCAAAACUGGCAAUCCCUCUUCACUCCCACUGAAGUGACCAACUGUGUCGCACCAAUUGCAAUGUCCCAGUGUGCUUACCAAGAACUCGAACUUAGUCAGUCAGAACAAGAUUCCUUACAUGCUUACAUCCAAGCCCUAAUAUUCCAGUGUAUAAACAAAGAUCCUCAGUCGUGUGCCUUGUCAGCGCUAACACUCUGUGAAACCGAACCUAAGACCUUUGAGACCGCGUACCGUAUCAUUGUCGAGUGUGCUGGCUCAAUUUCCCCCACACAUUUGUUUGCUAUCGCGAGAUACAUGGACCACAAGAACCAUCCAGUCAAAGCAUUUCGUCUGGCGGGGCUGGCUAUCAAACACUCCAGUGUAGCUAACAAUGAAUCUGGUCCUUCUGUUGGUGAUGUACACUGGGCCUGUGGUCUUGCUCAUGCCCUGGGGAAAACUGAACUGGCUCAUAUGAUAUUAUUGAUUGUGAACGCAGUACAAUGUCCGUCUGUCCUCUCUGAUCUAUUGCACCGCUGUACACUAACACCUGUUGGUGUGGCGCAGAUUAACCCGCAAUCAGGUGGUCCCACCCGCCUAACCUAUGAUGAUCCAUGCCUGCAACCUUUGGUUGAAGCUGCUAUCAACGCAUACGUGAACUGUGCUCAUAACAGACUGAAUCAAAUCAGCCCUAAACACUACACUGACUUUACUGAUUUCCUGUUGCAAGCCAAAGAAAUAUUUGUACUAGCAAAAGACGGUGAUAAAAGAUUUAAUGCGCUUAUUGAGAACAUGAAAAUAUUGUAUCGUGGCAAGAGAAAGCUUAUGACUCUUGUUUCAGAACGAGUUUGCUAAGUUGAGAACUUUAUAAGUUAAGAACUUUUUAGAACAAUCGGUAUUUUAGAUGCAAAUAUUUGUUCAUUUACCCAUCAAGAAUUUGUUUAGAAAGUGUUGUUCAAAUGUGCAUGUUUGUUUGGAUAAAAGACAAAUAUUUGCAGCUAAAAUAGUUAUAAAUGUAUGUGUAAAUAUGUUGAAAUUAUUUCAGAGAAAAUAUUGAAGUUUAUUUGUAAAUAUUGCAAAG